AUGCUCUUGGCCUUUUCCCUGGCCAGCGAUGGCGCCAAGAGCCUGGGAGCCGCCCGAAGCCCAGCGCGGACCUCUCGGGGCGGAAGGAGACCGGCGAAGCCGGGGUUCUACAACCUGAAUGAGUAUCUCUUUGGUGUGUACCCGAUCCUGCUUGCACUGCGGGCGGGGAAGCGAACCUUCAAGACCCUCUGGAUCCAACAGAGGAGGGGCCCGGUGACUGUGGAGAGGAAGGAUGACGAGGCGCGCCAGGAAAUUGAGGAGCGCAGCAAGUCGCUGGGAGUGCAGCUGUUCCGGUGCUUCAAACGAGAUGUGCUGGAUGAACACAGUGGAGGUCGCCCUCAUCAAGGACUGGUACUGAAGUGCACGAAGCCCUCUGUCAAGACGGUGGAGGAGCUGCCAAGACCUUCGAAGGGGGCUUUGUGGUUGGCCCUCGAGGGCGUUACUGACCCUAUGAACCUCGGUUCGCUUCUGCGCUCGGCAGCCUUCUUCGGCGUAGAAGGCGUGAUCUGUGAGAAUGGAUGUGCCCGUUAUUCACCCGUGGCGGCCAAAGCAUCUGCCGGAGCGGGUGAGACGAUGGAGAUCUUCCACUCGAGGGAUCUAGAGACUCUUCUUCCAAGGGCCCAGCGGCAGGGCUGGCUGGUAGUCGGCGCGGCCUUGCCGGUGGAAUCGGCAGAGCCGGAGUUGCCCAGGAGAGAGCCUCCCUACAGUUCCUUGGAAGAGCUGCAGACCCAGCUGGACCAGGGCGUGUUGCUCCUGCUCGGCCCAGAAGGCCCCGGCCUUCGCACUGAGGUGCGGCGUGGCUGUGACCGGCUCGUUGGCAUCUCACGUGCGGGAGAGAACUUGGACGGCCUGGACUCACUGAAUGUGGGCGUGGCAGCAGGCAUUGCCUUGCAUGCGCUGCGCACGGCGCUGGGUCCGCCACGGCCACGCGCCCAGCUCCGCGCCGCCACCCCGGCCGCCGCGGCCUCCACCACGGCCUCCGCCACGGCCUCCGCCGCGGCCAAGCGGCAGCGUGUGGGCGAGGCCAAGGACAAAUCAAAAAGAUGGCAGGACGAGGAGUGGGAUGGAUGGGAUGGAGAAGCGUGGGAAGAAGCCGAAGAUUGGCAGGAGGAAGACUGGGAAGAUGAGGACUGGGAAGACGAGGACUGGGAAGACGCCGACAGCAGCUGGCAGCAGGGCCAAAGCUCUUCAAGCAGGGCGCAGCGUUUUUCCUCGCGGCCGAGUCCGGCACCGGCACCGAAACCCGCAGUCCCGAAGGCUGCGCAGGUUUUCGGAUGUUGCAAGUUGCAUAGUUUUGUGCUGAUGUGCGAGCGGAUCGGAAGCGCUUCAGUUCACUUGCGCAUGGCUGAAGCCCCACCAGUGCCAUGUCCACCGGUUCUCGGACUUGCGCCUGAUGCGCUUCCAAAGGACAUCCAGAGCUUCGGCUGGACCCCUCUGGAAGACUUGAGCGGAGACUGCAACGGCAUCGACCUUGCCCUGCUGCUGGCACGCAACUCGAGCUGCAAAGCCGGAAGCAUGGGGUGUGCCAUUGCCGACCAGUCCGGCAUGAUCAUUGCAGGCCACGUGAACGGCCCAGUGUGGGAACCGAAUGCCAAGCGCCCGGCCUCGGACCUCCACGCGGAGGUGAACGCCAUCGGCCGCUGCGCGCGGCUGGGGCGGUCCACGGAAGGCUCCUCGGUUUACAUCACGAUGCCACCGUGCAAGCGAUGCUUUAUGGCCCUGGUGGCUGCCGGCGUGCGGCGGAUCGUCACGCGAAAGGAGUUCCUGACCCAGGAUUCCAAGGACAUUCAAAGUGCAGCCCGCCGUCUCGACAUUACCGUGAGGGUCGUGGCGGACACUGCGGCGCGGAGAGAGCGCCUCGACAAGCUCUGCGAGCCGAUUAUGCGGCCAUUCAAGCGAAAGCGCGAUGAAGACGCCGAUGCGCAGAGCGAAGCAGAAACAAAGCUUAGGGCGCCGCCGCGCUCUGCGAAGAAGCUGCAGGCCAGGCUUCCGGAGGAGCUGGGAUUCAGCGUUGGUUCCGGCGUCCGAAACAAGGGAUGGGAGAUCGGAGAGAUGGAGGACGGGGUGCGGCCAGCAGAUGAUGGUGAGCCGGAUGUCUUCUUCUCACACUCCUACAGCGACAACUGUCGGCGCGUGGACAUGGGGCUCUUCGAGUGCAACUGCCCAAACAGUCUCAGCUGCUGCUCGCAUUUGUAUGCUGCCUGUGUGGCCCUUCCACAGUACCGGCAUCGUGCCGCCUUUUUGUGGGCACUGCGGCAGGACCUCGGUGCUGCGGCUGGCAGCGAGGAGAAUCCCAGCACGCGAAGUUGGUCCAGCCGAGCACCGAGGGGUGGCUUCGAAGGCUGCCGGCGACGGGUGAAGGCUGCUUUGCUUCGGCACCUCCCCCUGGAGGACGUCGCAGAUGCGGCAGUGGAUGCUGCAGUGGGGAUGUGGGUGCGGGUUGAAUGGCUGCGGCAAGGCCGCUUGCCAAAGCUCGGCGCCUACUGGGCCGAUGCUGUGGAGCGGAGCCUGGGAGAUGCUGUCGCCUCCACCGACGUCGAGCUGGGCGCGGCAGCACAGGACCGGAUCAGGAAUCUGCUUGGGAAGCUUCGCAUGAAGCAAGCUGAACUAGCACCGCUGCUCUUGGCCCUAGCACAGGGCCAUCUCCAGGAGUCUGAGAGGCCCUCGCAGCGGUGGGAAGGUCUGUGCCGACACUUCUGGGCGCAGGUCGCGGCGGCCGAGGCUGCUGACCGCAAAGAGGGCCAAG